GUUUCUUACUUUGAAACCAAUCUCCAUACCAAACAAACAAAGAAAUAAAUUAUUUUCCUGUCAUCCUUUUUCUUUUCUUUAAAGAAGCACUAAGAAAAGAAAAAGAGAAGAGAUGAAACUCCCAUUUCUAAACAAGAACAAUUCUUCAAAUGCAGUUUCAUCAUCAACAAAUACCACUUCAUGGCCAUGGCCUUCUUGUCAUCAAAACCCUAAAACCAUAUCUUUCAGGGCAACCAUCACUUUCACCAAACCUAUCCAUGACCAAGAAGACAUUGAGCUCGACCCAACUGAGGGUACAGAGUCAAUAGAGAGUGUGAUAAAAGGGCUAAGAUCAUCAAAGAGACUCAUCUUCGAAAGCAAAGGAGAAUCCAACUCUAUACUCGAAGAAGCAACUACUAAGCAAGAGGAGGAUGAAAGUUUCAUGCUCUUGUCCUUGGAAUCAAACAACCCUUACUCUGAUUUCAAGAGAUCCAUGGAGGAGAUGGUAGAGGCACACGCGCUUCACCACGACUGGAGAAGCCUUGAGAAGCUUCUCUUUCAGUUCUUGAAAGUUAACGCCAAGACCAGCCAUAGAUACAUCUUCGGGGCUUUUGUCGAUCUCCUCUUGAACUUAGCACUGCACACGAAGGAACCCAUCAUUGCCAAAGAAGAAGUGGAUGGCGUCUCGGCCUCACGCGCCACCGCCGGAGAAGCAAGCACUUCUUGUUGUAACAGUAUGAGUCUUGGAGAAUCUCCGUUGUCUCCUUUGUCACUCUUCACGUCGUGUUCUUCUUCUUCCUCCGAUGAGACUUCCUCGACGUCCGUAAGAUUCUUGCCGUUGUCUUCUUUAUUAGAGAUGGAUGAGAAAACUAAAGACAUUAUGGUUUAGAAUAUUUUUUUUCUAUUUUUUGUAUAAUUAAAAUUUGUGUAGAAUCGUAACAUUAGCUACCCAUAAUAUUUUAUAUUGGUAUAUGUGCGCUUACGUUAUAGUUUUUUUCAGUUUUGUGGAUUUUUGUUUCUUUAUGUUAUCUGAGACUUGUAGGAUAAUAUGCUUUAUCCUGUGGGAUGAUAUGCUUUAAUUAAUCUCUGACUUCAUGUUUUUUAUAGAUCUUAUCUUAGCCCUUGUUUUUGAAUUUUACUGUCGUUUAUUUAUAUGGC